UAAAGAAGGUGUCGUUUCUGCCCGAGCAGUAAACGCCGGAACACCAGAGGUCCCGCUGCCUGGUGUGUUGAAGAACAGACUGGCAGCAGCGCGGUGCGGUGACAUGCAUUGUAACAAGUUUGAACGCCUCGUGUCGGCGCUGUACAGAUGUCCACGCAGCGCAGUGUGCGGGGCGGGUCGGAGCGGCGUGUGCGGGGCCGCGGUGCGUGGGCAGCGGCCAGUGAGGCUGCAGAGGAGCGCUGCUGCGUGGAGCCCGUGUCAGACUGCGUCCUGUCACUUCAGCACUGGGUCAUCCUCCAAAAACACAGUGGACCCCGAUGAGGUGAGGAGGUUCCAGUCACUGGCCGGCAAGUGGUGGGAUGAACAGGGAGAAUUCGCAGCUCUUCAUGCCAUGAAUGACCUGAGGGUGCCUUUUAUACGGGAUAAUCUGCUGAAUGUGCAUAGAGCACGGCAUCCUGGGAAACCGCUGGCAGGACUCAGAAUACUGGACGUUGGCUGUGGAGGGGGCCUGCUCACAGAGCCUCUGGGUCGCCUGGGGGCAACUGUGGUGGGUGUAGAUCCGGUAGAGGACAGCAUCUACACCGCUCAGCUGCAUGCGUCCUACGACCCGGACGUCCGUGAUGCGGUCUCCUAUCAGGCCUGCACCCUUGAGGAGCUCAUGACGGAAGGGGAGGAGGAGCAGGGAGCGGGUCAGUUUGAUGCUGUUGUGGCGUCAGAGGUCGUGGAACAUCUGGCCGACCUGGAAACAUUUGCCUUCUGCUGCAGCCACGUGCUGAAGCCAGGAGGCUCCCUCUUCAUCACUACUAUUAAUAAAACCAACCUGUCGUACGCUCUGGGUAUUGUUGUAGCCGAGCAGCUGCUGCGCAUCGUUCCCAGCGGGACGCAUGACUGGGAGAAGUUCAUCAGCCCAGAGGAUCUGGAGCGCCUCCUGGAGUCCAACGGUUUCUCGGUGCAGUCUGUGCAAGMGAUGCUGUACAACCCAGUAUCAGGAGCCUGGAGCUGGACAAACAGCACAGCCAUCAACUACGCCCUCCACGCUGUCAAACUGAGUGACGAUCCCCAGCCGGGCCGAGCUGAGGAGAGCGGCCCCCACCCAGAGCACCACGGCGCUGCUACACACAGCUGAGCCAACACUGAGGAACCAGUCAGAAACAAAAUAGACAAAUAAGUUCACACGUGUGGAGCAGUAACUUCCCAGAGACCAGAGGCUGUGAUGUGAAGUUAUUAAAGGAAAUGGACAAACAGCCAUUAGAUAGAAUUAGAGAUGCAGUUGCUGAUUUGCACUCAGACUGCAUCAUGCUAUCAGUUUUCAUUCAGCCUUUACUUUACUAUAAUCCAGAGGGGCAGCGAUUGUUUUACUAGCGUGUGAUGAGGGUGCAUCCUCCAACAGCAGAGCGGUGCAGCCGCGCAACCGGAGAAUCUCGGAAGUUCACACUGACCCUUUAUUUAUCAGUGCACACUGUGCUGAAUCAGAUCUGUACUUUGUGUUGAAUAUUUUGUGAUAUCUAUUAAAAUUGUCUUUGAGGAGUGAAAGUA